GCGUCACUGGGCACAGUAUUCCUUUCCCAAAGCCCUCCUUCCUCCAGGCCUCCUGCUCUGUGUACCCCGUGUACCCUGCCCCCACCUAGCUUGGUCCCACUAGUGGGAUUUAUGGCUGCCAUCUGCCCCAGAAUAAUAAAUCAGGGCCAAGAGAGUGACAACCAUCUCGUGUGGGGAGUGUAUAAAACGAGAGGGGCUCAGGCAGCCACAAAGUUUCAGCAGAUCCCAGAGAGAGCCCAGGACCAAGGGGAGGCAUGAAGGAACACAGCAGGAUGGCUCGCUGGGGACUCCUGCUGGUGCUCUGGGGCUCCUGCACCUUCGGUCUCCCCGCAGACUCUGGCACCUUCAGAAGGAUCUUCCUCAAGAAAAUGCCCUCAGUCCGGGAAAGCCUGAAGGAGCGAGGUGUGGAUGUGGCCAAGCUCAGUACUGAGUGGAGCCAGUUCUCCAAGAGGGUCUCCCUUGGCAACGGCACCUCCCCCAUGAUUCUCACCAACUACCUGGACACCCAGUACUAUGGCGAGAUUGGCAUUGGCACCCCACCCCAGACCUUCAAAGUCAUCUUUGACACGGGUUCUGCCAACCUCUGGGUGCCCUCCAGCAAGUGCAGCCCUCUGUACACAGCGUGUGAGACUCACAACCGCUAUGACUCCUCCGAAUCCUCCACUUAUGUGGAGAACAAAAUGGAAUUCACCAUCAACUACGGAUCAGGGAAGGUCAAAGGCUUUCUGAGCCAGGACGUGGUAACUAUGGGCGGAAUCACAGUGACACAGACGUUUGGAGAAGUCACAGAGCUGCCCGUGAUACCCUUCAUGCUGGCCAAGUUUGAUGGGAUCCUGGGCAUGGGCUUCCCUGCACAGGCUGUCAGCGGGGUCACCCCUGUCUUUGACAACAUCAUCUCCCAGGGGGUGCUAAAGGAGGACGUCUUCUCUGUGUACUACAGCAGAGCUUCUGAUCUUCCCUUUAGGAAUUCUCACUUGCUGGGAGGUGAGAUUGUGCUGGGAGGCAGCGACCCCCAGUAUUACCAAGGGAACUUCCACUAUGUGAGCCUCAGCAAGAACGGCCUCUGGCAGAUCAAAAUGAAGGGGGUGUCUGUGAGGUCUGCCACUUUGUUCUGUGAGGAGGGCUGCGCAGCCAUGGUGGACACUGGUGCAUCCUUCAUCACGGGACCCACCAGCUCCCUGAAGCUGCUCAUGGAUGCUCUGGGGGCCAAGGAGACUUCCUCCCUCUACCAGUAUGUGGUGAACUGUAACCAGGUGCCGACACUGCCUGACAUCUCUUUCCACCUCGGAGGCAGAGCCUACACGCUCACCAGUGCGGACUAUGUAUUACAGGACCUCGACAGUAAUGACGAUGACCUGUGCACACUGGCCAUCCAUGGCCUGGACGUCCCACCACCCACUGGGCCCCUCUGGGUCCUGGGUGCCAGCUUCAUCCGCAAGUUCUACACGGAGUUUGAUCGGCGUAACAAUCGCAUUGGCUUUGCCCUGGCCCUCUGAGGCCUUCUGCUGCCUGGGCAGGCCCUGUCCUCAGCCCCAGCCUGGAGCUAGCAAGCAUUCUCUGGAAGCACCGUUUCGCUGGGCUUGAGCCCUCUCGCAGGGCACCGGGCAUGGAGCUGCCCUUGGACACUUGCCCUGCCUCCAGCACUGACCCUUCCCUGCUUUGAGGACAAACAGAAUAAAGGCUUCAUAUUUGCAACCAUGUUGCAUCUGGGUUCACUGGGGUUUGGAACGGAGGGGAGGGGCAGCCACGUGAUCAUGUGCAGACAGGAGUGAGACAGACUGACAAGCUGUACACAUUGACCCACAUGCUAGGCUCCUGUGUGCAGGGACAGUGCCAUCGCCAUUGUUCAAGGUCAGCAGGACUCACGGGGAGUUGUUUACACAGCCUCGGUGGGAAGUUUGCAGAGAGCCAGCCCCAUGCCUCUCCAGCCCCUCAGGGGACCAAGCUAAUGCCUCAGCAACAUCCACCUGAAGCCUCUGAAGCUGUCCCUCUUCAAGGGAUCUGCUCAUCCCUUUUGACCAAACACUGAGCUGGGCCCAACCAGACCCAGGCAAACUUCACACCUCUAGAAUUGCAGCCUCUUGGGACUGGGUGGGAGCUUGGGGCUCCUCAAGGGUAGGAUUUUACCGGGCAGGAGCUGUCUACAGCGUCCCCAUGCAGAGCCAAGAGCCUGGGCCUGGGCUGAGGAUACUGGAUUCAGCCUUGUUUCCAUCGCUGAUUCUCCAUGUUCCCUUCCCCUGGCUGGGCUUCCUUUCCUCACUGCAAAAGGAAGGGCUUGAGUUGGUGCUGGUGUCCUUUUCCAGCUCUGAUACUCUGGGGCUCCAUGACCUUAAGUGGGCUGGCUGGUCUCCCAUCACCUCCUACGCUGUCCAAUUUGAGAGCCACCAGCCACAUGUGGCUGUUUGCUUUUAAAGUCAUUGAAGCUAAAUAACAUGUACUAGCCACAUUUCAAGUGCUCUGUAGUCACAUGUGGCUAGUGACCAACGCAGCACUCCCAUCGUUGCAGAAGUCCUGUUGGCAGAGCUGGAUUCUGGACAGCAAUGCAGAGAGGACCCUGGUGGUUGAGAGGCUCCUGAACAGGCCAAAAGGGCAACUUGACCUACUCUGAAGGCACUUUGCUGGGUGGGGCCUUAACAGACUGGUCCCUUAGAAAGAAGUCUCCUUUCUCUGGAGCUGGUGACUACUGAGGUCCCUGAGGCAAAACAGAAGAGUGGGUGACUGAGGCCUUACUAGCCAAGAAGGUUGGUAGCUAACAGAGUCCUGCUCAGGAGGUGACAGAGAAAGACCAGAGCAGAGUCCAGCAAGCAGAAGGGGCUUUCCCUAAGCUGGCUGGCCUCUCUCCAUGUCUCCUCCCCACAGCAACUCUCCCUUGGGACACGUUGUCCCUCCUAACACACACUCACGCUCUAUCACACAUACAUCUACUCACACACACACAUUGUUACACACGCACUCUCUCUCACACACACACAGCCAUCACCUCAUCCUGUUUUAGGCCCUCCCCAAAGACAAGCACAGGGUCUACCCCACCUCCAUCCCCCUAAAAAGCCCAUUGCCAUCCAGUCGAUUCUGACUCCGAGCAACCCUAUAGGACAAAGUAGAACUGAACCAUAGGGUUUCCAAGGCUGAAACCUUUAUGGAAGCAGACUGCCACAACUUUCUCUGAGGAGCAGGUGGUGGGUUCAAACAGUCAACCUUUCAGUUAGCAGCCGAGCACUUAACCACUGCGCCACCAGGGCUCCACCCCCCUCAAAGCUCUGGACUCAGGGACACCUGCUUGCCUGCUGCCUGUCUCCAGACUCUCGGAUGGGAAGGAGGUAUUAAGGAUUAUUUAAUGAUGAAAACUCAGUCUAGCUCAAAAUCUUGGCCUAACGUGUGUCCCGACACUGCCAACCCCAGAAUGUUCAGUAGUCUGUCAGCAGGCAGCGUAGGAUGCUGGGCUGGCACCC